AAAGUUUUUCUUAAGAAAAAACAACCAAAUGAAAAUUAAAAAACAAACCCAAUAAAGUUACGUUCGUGAAUUUACAAUUUUGCCCUCCCCACCUACCACACUUUCCCCAUCUUAACAUACAUUACAACCACCACACACCUUCGUCCCUCACCACUCACAAACUCACAAGCGGCGAAAAUGCCAACGGAAUCAUCACCGCCACCAGAGCCACCACUCAACUUCUGGGGCGAUCAACCGGAGGAAGAAUUUUAUGCUUCACAAGGCGUCCGCAACACCAAAUCCUUCUUUGAAACCUCCCAUGGCAAGCUCUUCACACAAAGCUUCAUCCCUCUUGACUUCCCCGAUCUCAAAGGCACCGUCUACAUGACUCACGGCUACGGCUCCGACACCGGCUGGAUGUUCCAAAAAAUUUGCCUCUCCUACGCUUCCUGGGGCUACGCCGUCUUCGCCGCCGACCUCCUCGGCCACGGACGCUCCGAUGGCCUCCGCUGUUACCUCGGCGACAUGGACAAAAUCGCCGCCGCAUCCCUCUCCUUCUUCCUCCACACCCGCCGUAGCGAGCCCUACCGCCACCUUCCAGCGUUCCUCUUCGGCGAAUCCAUGGGCUGCGCCGCCACCAUGCUCAUGUACUUGCAGUCCGAUCCAGACACCUGGACCGGCCUCAUCUUUUCAGCUCCCCUCUUCGUCAUACCAGAAAAUAUGAAACCGAGUAAGCUCCGACUCUUCCUAUACGGCCUUCUCUUCGGCGUCGCAGACACUUGGGCCGCCAUGCCGGACAAUAAAAUGGUCGGAAAGGCGAUUAAGGAUCCGCAGAAAUUGAAGAUAAUAGCAGCAAAUCCUAGAAGGUACACGGGACCGCCUAGGGUUGGGACGAUGAGGGAAUUGGUUAGGGUAACGCAGUAUAUUAGGGAUAAUUUUUCUAGGGUUACAGCGCCGUUUCUAACGGUACACGGUACGGCGGCGGACGGAGUGACGUGUCCAUCGUCGUCGGAAUUACUGUAUGAGAAGGCGACGAGCGUGGAUAAGACGUUGAAGCUAUACGAUGGGAUGUACCAUUCGUUGAUUCAAGGAGAGCCUGAUGAGAAUGUAGAGAUUGUGCUGAGGGAUAUGAGGGAGUGGAUCGAUGAGAGAGCCUUGAGAUAUGGACCGAAGAAAUAGAAAUCCUUGAAAAGGAUAAAAGAAGAUGGAAGUGUGAACGGCGGAAAUGGAGGUGUGUGAAUGGCAGAAAUGGUAAAUGUGGUGUGUUUUAUGGGUCAAAUAUUUCUCUAUUUCAAUUUGUUUUAAUUGACUUUUUCUCUUCUUCCUAUAAUAAUUAAAUAGACCUUCAUUGCUAAUAUAAGCUGUGUAGUGUGUGUAUUACUAUUAUUUAUUACCAGCUCUCUCUCUUCUUUUCA